AUGGCAUCAUCUUGGUUUGCCAAGGCCGUCUCACGCCUUUUAUGUUCGGUUUAUGCGGCUUCAUUCUGCCGCGAGCCUUCGACUGCCAAUUUCCCGCCCCUUCUAGACGCAAGUCUAGAUGAUCUACGCCAAGGGCUCGACAGCGGCCUCUUCACUAGCGUCGACUUGGUGAAUGCCUACGUGGCUCGCAUUAACGAGGUGAACGAUGACCUCCACGCCGUCGCCGAGAUCAACCCUGACGCAGUCUCCAUCGCUGCUUCCUUAGACCAAUCUCGGGCGCAAGGCGAACCUCUUCUUGGGCCUCUGCAUGGCAUCCCAGUGCUUAUGAAGGACAAUAUUGCGACCAACGACAAGAUGAAUAACACCGCUGGCUCUUUCGCGCUCGUCGGCGCAAGAGUCGGCGAAGACAGCACCGUAGCGGACAAGCUCCGCGAAGCCGGUGCGGUUAUUCUUGGCAAGACCACCAUGGGUCAAUGGGCGACUUGUCGGGGUACUAAUUCCAGCGCUGGAUGGUCUGCUCGAGGGGGCCAGCCGAUCGGGGCGUACUAUCCAAACCAAGACCCGUUGGAGUCCUCCUCAGGAAGUGGUAUCGCAUCUUCAAUCGGUCUUGCGUGGGCUUCACUUGGCACGGAGACAUUGGGGUCGAUUACCAUGCCAUGCGAUGUCUCCAAUCUCGUCGGGAUCAAACCUACUCUCGGCCUCGUCUCACGGCACCUCGUUAUACCCAUUACCGAGCACCAAGAUGUAGUUGGUCCGAUGGCUCGUACGGUGAAAGAUGCUGCGUAUUUACUAGCAGCCAUUACAGGACCGGAUCCUCGAGAUAACUACACUUCGGCUAUUCCGUUCACCAAGUCGCCCGACUAUGCUGCAGCUUGUGUUGACUCGGGUCUCCAGGGGAAACGAAUUGGUAUCCCGAGGCACCUCUUCAAAGACACCCCUUGGCCAAAUACCAACUACUCCAUCUCAGUUUUCGACUCUGCCGUGGACGUUCUGAGAUCUGGCGGAGCUGAAAUCAUCGAUGACAUAUGGCUUCCUGUGGGUGACCAUGUUACACGUCUACUCAACCUGUCUAGCCAGGUUAUGGGCGCAGACUUCCUCGUCAACCUCGAAGAAUACUUUGCGAGGCUCACCUACAACCCUUACAACAUCACCACGGUCGCAGAACUUCGAAAUUGGACGCAAGGCGACCCACGCGAAGGCUAUCCAGAACAUAAUACUGAAGUCUGGGAUAGAGAGCUCAUCAGAGGCGUUCGCAACACCGAUCCCCUCUUCUGGGAGCUUUACACAGAGAGACAGUACCUUGCUGGUCCACUGGGGUACGCCGGUGCUUUGAAAAAUCAUUCGCUCGAUGCGCUGGUACUUCCAACGAGAUAUGUCCUGGCUCCCGCCGCGCUUCUAGGUACACCGGUCAUAACUGUUCCUUUCGGACGGCAUCCGGAUGGCACACCAAUUGUGAAGGAUGACUUCGGCAAUCUUGAUGUUUUAGCACCAAACUUGCCUUUUGGUAUUGGUUUUGCUGGAGCAGCGUUCAGUGAGGAGAGAUUGAUAAGCAUGGCAUAUGCUUUCGAGCAGAGGACUAAAGCUCGAACUGCAAUCAAGCCAUACAUCCAGCCAAAGACUGAGUUAGGGGAUAUUGUACAGUCAAGGGAAUGGAGAACGAAUCGGCUGGAUUUGGUGUAG